AUGGCUCGUACCAAGCAGACCGCCCGCAAGUCCACCGGAGGCAAGGCCCCGAGGAAACAGCUCGCCACCAAGGCCGCUCGCAAGAGCGCUCCCGCCACUGGAGGAGUCAAGAAGCCUCACCGCUACAAGCCCGGAACCGUCGCCCUCCGUGAGAUCAGGCGCUACCAGAAGUCCACCGAGCUCCUCAUCCGCAAGCUCCCCUUCCAGCGCCUCGUCCGCGAGAUCGCCCAAGACUUCAAGACCGACCUGCGGUUCCAGAGCUCCGCCGUGAUGGCUCUGCAGGAGGCCAGCGAGGCCUACCUGGUGGGACUCUUCGAGGACACCAACCUCUGCGCCAUCCACGCCAAGAGAGUCACCAUCAUGCCCAAGGACAUCCAGCUGGCCCGCCGAAUCCGUGGCGAGAGGGCCUAG